GUCAAGGAGACAGUUGUAUUCAGCGGUCAGCUUCUAAAGCAGGGGUAAGCGCAGAUAAUCAUCAAGUUUAUCCAUUUCCGUCUACGUGUUAAUGUCUCUAAGUGUCUCGGUGAUGGAUUCCUCCGACCAGACGGCUCACAAGAUAAAAAACCUGCAGAAAUUCAGAACAGGCCACAUUCUCAACGCUGUCCUCACUGUUUAUGCGAACCAUGAGAUAUUCAAGUGCGACGGGAAUUCAGCAGAACGCCUGAUGGAGAUGGCUGAGAAGCUGCUGAAGAGCAGGGCUGAGGCAGGAGACACACAGGCCAGCUUCUUGCUAGGACAUCUCUAUUAUGAGGAGGGUCACUAUACAGAAGCUGAGGCUGUAUUUGAUGGGAUUAAGGAUAGAGAACCUCAAGCUCUCUACCAGCUGGCUGUUAUGUACUAUGAUGGACUUGUUACCACAGCCGACCCUAGCAAAGCAGUGGACUAUAUGAGAAGAGUAGCUGAAUGUGACACUGGGAGUGUCAGAUAUGCAGCUUUGUAUAACCUGGGCAGAGCCUAUCUGCAGGGUUAUGGAGUACAGGCCUCCAGAGAAGAGGCAGAGAAGUACUGGCUCAUUGCAGCAGACGAUGGAAACCCCAAUGCCAGCGUGGAAGCUCAGUCGUCUCUCGGCUUGUUCUAUUCCAGUCCUGAAAUACGGGAUCUCAAAAGGGCAUUCUAUUGGCACUCUGUGGCCUGUGGUAAUGGCAGCCUGGAGUCCCAGGGGGCGCUGGGGAUCAUGUACCUAUAUGGAUAUGGUGUGUCUAAGAACCUGUUGGCUGCUUUUUACUGCCUCACGGAAGCUGCGGAGAGGGGUAACGUUUAUGCCCAGGGUCACCUUGCAGCUUAUUACUACCAGCAUAAACUCUACACCAGAGCAGCACUGUUGGCUAAGAGGGUGUGCAAGUAUGAAGACGUUAGUGCUAUAGCAAAGUUCACAGGCUGCGACCCUGAAUAUAUUCGUAAAGGAAUAGCCAUAGGCCUGUUCCACUAUGCCCGCUGCCUCCAGCUAGGCCGGGGACUCACACAGAACACAGAGAAAGCACUGCACUAUUACACCAAGGCGGCCCUGAUGAGCCCAGAAGUGUUUAAGGACCUCCAGAUGGACCUCAUUUAUGGCAGAAUGUAAUAUACAGUUAUGUGAAAAAAUAAGUACACCCCACUGGAAAUCAUUGGCUUUUUUGUCAUAUUUGGACAAGCAAAGAUUUGAUCAUCUUCGAAACAGUGCCUAUUAAUAAAGUUGAUAGAAUUUGAACAAAACCACAAGGAAAAUUAUCUUUUUCAAUGAUUUAUUAAACAGAAAUAUCAAUAGAUAUUCUUCUGUGGAAAAAGUCAGUACACCCUUGGCCUCAGAAGCUAGUAUUGCCCCCUUUAGCAGAAAUAAUUUCUUGUAGGCAUUGUUGUGGAUAAAAAAUGUCAUAAAAUAAACAUAAGGGAGACCUAGCAUCCAGCAAAAGGGAGAAGAAGAAAAGACGGGCACCUAGACACAUUAGACACAUAGAAGCGGGAUUAGGCGGACAUUGACAAAUUGGAAUUACACUUUAAAGAUCUUUAAGAGCAGUAAUAGUCAAAAAAGUCAAAAAGAGGUAUACGAGCUGAGCUGAGGAGGGCUAAUACACACACACACACACACGCUCGUACAGUCAAGGGCGGGCAAGUAGACACAACAUACACAUACACUCUCUCUUUCUCAUACACACACAUGAAUAACUUUAAUAAUAUCUUAUAGUAAUAGAGAAACUCUAUAAAAAAAACAGAAUAGUAGGAUAUGCAGGACAGUAGAACUGUAAUGAUAUUAAAAAGUUAAAAAGUUGGGAGUACAGUAAACCGCUUUUCAAGUACUAUAAAUAUAUAUAUAUAAAAUAAGAAAUAUAGUGCAAAUAUGAAAAUAAAUUAUAAACUAGAAAUACAGGAAAAUGUAAACCUAUUCAUGACUCAAAUGGUGAAGGUUCUUGGCUCGCAAGGAAGGCCUUAAUUUUAAGAAAGAACAAUGAAGAGAGCCAGUUAUAAGGGUGGCUGGGUCAAACCGAAACCCCCCCCCUCGAGAUAACGAUAAGACCAAGGUCCCUCCCGGUUGUUUAGUCGUCUUGUCUACGUCAUUUUAUUUCCCUAGGUAAUUGAGAAUCCUGGUUUCUGACCACCUAAGGUAAAUGAGAAUCCUGGUUUCUGACGCCCUAGGUAACUGAAAAAUUCUGGUUUCUGAUCCUCUGAGUAACUAGAAACUCUGGGUUUUUAUUUUCUGGGUUAUUGGAAAUGCCUGGGUUCUGAUUUCAUGGGUAAAUUAAAACCCCUGGUUUCAAUUCUAUGUGUAAGUGAAAUAGCCCUUUUCUGGAGCAUAAGAGUAAGGCAAAUGAGCUCUUUUUUAACCCUAUUGGUAGUGAGAUCAUAGUCUUUUUGAAACCUAUGGGUUAUUUAGUGUGUAAAUACAGUAUAAAUACUGGAGCUUAAGCUCAGGGUAUUGGGAUCACUUCUGAGAAUUCUCAUCGGUGUGGAUCUCGUGUGGUGGAAUGGAACAAUAAAGCUGGACCCUUGCUUCUUCUCACUCACGGCUGGUGUAUUUUUUCUAUCUCCAACUGGGCUCAGAGGUAGAUGUGAGUAUUGGCUUCUAAGUUGAGUUUUAAAUGUUUUUGGUUAAUAGGCUAAAUUUGAGCCAACAGCAUUUUGCAUAAUUGUCCACAAGGCUUGCUGGAAUUUCUGACCACUCGUCCAUGCGAUAUUCUUUCAGUUGCAAGAUGGUUGAGGGUUUUCUUGCAUGUACUGCCCAUUUCAAAUCCCCCCACAACAUUUCAGUGGGAUUCAAAUCCGGGCUUUGACUAGGUCAUUCCAUAUCCCUCCAUUUCUUCUUUUCGAGCCAUUCAUUGGUCGAUUUGCUUGUGUGCUUGGGAUCAUUAUCCUGUUGAAAGGUCCACUUUCGUUUCAACUUCCAGACAGAUGGCCUCACAUUAUCUUCAAGCUCUCUUUGAUAUGAUGUAGAAUUCAUAGUUGAAACAAUGAAUGUAAGCUGUCCAGUCCCUGAGGCAGUGAAUCAACCCCAAACCAGAACAUUUCCACCACCGUGCUUCACAGUUGGUAUGAGGUAAAGUUGGUAUGCUUCUCCUGUAAAGCUGUCUUUGGUCUGCGCUAAACAACUCUAUCUUUGAUUCGUCUAUCCAGAGCACAUUAUUCUGAAAGGCCUGGUCUUUGCUCAUUGGCAAAUUGUAGUCUUGCAAAGGACUGUAGUCUUUUUUUCCAGCAAGCUUCCCAUGCAGGUCAAAUUUUGGAUUUGAAGGUGUGAUAAAUGUAGGAGUGUACUUACUUUUUCCAAGUGACUGAUCUGAUUUUUGUUCAUUUAAAAUGUGAAAAUUACUACAAAAUUUCGAUCUUAUGUCGUGUGAUCAAGUGCAUCAACGUUAUUAAUAGGCACUGUUUCAAAGAUCAUCAAAUGUUUGCUGGUUCAAAUAUGUCAAAAAAGCCAACAACUUCCAUGGGGUGUACUUAUUUUUUCACACAACUGCAUGCAAGCACUGUUGCCAUAGUAAAUUCCCCUGGUAAAGCCACCAUGUUGGACAGUUCACCACACAUUCAACUGUUGUCUGUUAUAAAAGUGAAAGGCUAAGUUUUCUUAUUAGCAGCAUUCUGAAAUGAUUCUUCACUUUCUUUAAUCACUACUGGGGGUUUUUCUGAGAAAUGUUUACAAAAAGCAUCUUAUGUUACCUGGGGGACAAAACAAACAAACUAAAGAACAACAACAACUUCAUAUGGUCAUAAAUCGUUCAGAUAGGUUUGGUCUAAUUUUCUGACUCGGUGCUAAUUUUGAAUGCACUUGGUUUAGUUCAGAGUUCAGGAAUCUAAUUUUGAAAAUAAUCAAACUACAGUACAACGCCAAUUUGUCGAUCUGCACUGCUGUAAUAAAGGUUGAGAAGCACAGUUAUUAUUCAUUCAUCCACUUUAACAUGCUCAGCUUUAUCCUGGUCAGGGUCAAAGUGGAUCAGUGGCCUAUCCCACGAACACCAGUCCAUCACAGGGAACCAUUCAUACACUCAUUCACAACCUAAAUGCAAUUUAGCACAGCCGCGUGACCUACUGACAUUUUGGGAGGUAGGAGAGAAACAGAGAACCCACGUGGACAAGGUGGACCUUACAAAACUCCACACAGACGUUAACCCAGGAACAGUCUAGCAACCCUGGAGCUGUGAGUCUUUACCUGCUGCACCAACAUGUCACCCAGGUUUAUUCCUCAAUAAUAAUGAUAAGAUUACACACAAAUAUUCUUUUGCAAUUUAUUGCUUAUAAAUGCUCUAAUCUAUUAUUGGUAAAAAUAAAAUCUAAUAAUCAUAUCACAAAUGAAACUAGCACAAUAACAUUACAUGGUACAUUGCACAAUUAAAAGCCUUCAUAAUGACCACAACAUGUACUGUAAUGUAGGUAGAGAGAUUCAAGAGGUCCAGGUUUUCAUUUUCUCUUUUUAAGCAAGAACAACACUCAUUCCAUUAACUAUUCACAUUUUAUGACCUUACGGUCUAACAAAAUCCCACAGACAAUCAAAAAAAAAAGAAAGAAAGAACAGAAACAAACAAACUUGGUUGGUCGGCAUUAGAUCUGGUGUGUUAGAAACCAGCAAGGGAAAGAAAAACAGAAGAAGAAUGGAGAAAACAAUGAUGUCCGUCAAGUCCUGUAGUACGACGCCACCAAGUCAAGCAUUUUCUCUGUGAUUCUUAAAGUAAACUUCCUUUCAGCAUGUUUAAGUAACAGAAAAUAAGUGAAGUCGAGGUGAAUCCUUCUCUCGGCAGGCGACUGUGUACGAGCUCAGACGUGUUCCAGCUCGUCGCUCAGCUCAGGGCAGAGUUCUUUGAGGAGCAUCUCCAGCAGGAUCUGUGAAUAAGAGGGAGAACACUUGCUGACUAGCAGCCUUAGUAAUAUUGUUACGUCCAAAGGUGUAAUUAUUUUCUUUUACUAGUUGCAUGGAGUUUUUUUGUCUUUUGCCCUCUCUUGCUUUCUCUCUCCUCUCUCUUCUCAGUGCAAA